CAUUUAAACUUACUGUUUGUCUAACAACGAAAUAAACCCUAUCGUAGGUGUGGGGCACGUGUGGCUACUGGUUACCUUUCUCUUGUACACCUAUGGAUUUUGACCCUUUGAGUUUAUUUACUCCAUCUCCUUCACAGGAACCUACGGAACUACCACCGCCCACUACCUUGAAGGCAUCUUCGAUCACCAAUGAUUCGCCCAAAGUCAAGGUAUGUAAUAUCUUGGACUCUCUAGAUCUCCCUGAUGAAGACCACCUAGAGCCAAUCCAUUUUCUUGAUCUUCCCUUACUUCAAUUAAAUCCUCCUUCAAAUGUUCUUGUGAUGUUUUUGAAAUUAUUGGCCCCAGACCAAGUUUGUAAUUUCACUCCUCAGAACAACGUGAGUAACUCUUCUGAUCCGGAAACUAUAGAUCCUUCUAUUGGACUUGUGGAUAGAGGUGUUUCUGAAGAUUUAAUGGUGAAAUGUCUCCCAUGGCUUGAGAAAAAUUGUCCUAGAUUCAAUACUGUGAAGAAACUAUCGUAUGUUCCAACCUUGGCGCCUACCCUUAAACGAAGUCAUGAAACAAACUAUAAUGCAUGGUUAACAAGAGUUAUAUCAUUACCUGAGUGUACAGAUGAAACUCUUCAAUUGGCCUCUCUUAGGAUGUCUGAAAAUUGCGGUAGAACUGCUCAACCAGAAAUUAUCAGGAAAAUUAUUGUGCCAAAUUUAAGUAAACAUGGCCGUGAAUCUGUAAGUCUUAAGGAACCUUCUCUUACUGCUGAUAAUCUUGGAUUGAAGACUUGGGGGUCUGCGUUAAUUCUUGCCACUAGACUUUUGAACUAUCCUCUUGUGGGUAGUCAUGAUUCGCAUCCACUUUUGAAAUCCCCAGUCCUUGAACUUGGAGCUGGUACUGGACUUGUGGGGAUUGUUAGUACUUUAAUGGGAUAUCAAACAACCCUAACAGAUCUUCCAGAAAUUGUUCCUAACCUAGAAACAAACGUUCAACUCAACAAGUUGAACGCACAAGUGGAGGAACUUGACUGGACUAAACCACAAUCUUUUGUAUCAAAAAACGGUUCUAGAAAUUUUAAAACCAUUAUCUUAUCGGAUCCAAUCUACCUGUCACAACAUCCUUAUUGGGUAGUGGAUAUGAUCGAUCUCUUCUUGGAUGAAAGUGACGAUGCACGGGUACUUAUCCAAAUCCCGCUUCGAGGAAAAUAUGAAGCAGAAAGAAAACUACUCUGGGACUUGGUUGAACCAGGGUUUGAAGUUUGUGAAGAACAUAUCGAAGAAGGUGUUGAUGAUUUUGGUGAAAUGAAUUAUUGUUUCAAGAAAUUGAAGAGAAGAAGGUAAUUUAAAAAAAAAUCCUGUCAUCAUACACUACGCCCUAUUUUGCAUUCAUACCAACAUUGGGGAAUUGUCAUUUCCUAUAUCACCUUGUAAUUACUCAAUGUCAACUCUCUAUGUCAUAUUAAUAUUAUAUCUUAAU